UCGACUUGUUAUCAUUAUUGUGUAUCUAGGUUAAGAAUCCGGCCACUUUCGUAUUUUUAUCGAAAUAAGUUAAACAAUUCCCUCGUACAUCUGAGAGUCCAGUUUAAAAUGGAGGAAGAAUCAAGCUCUGGAUGUCAACUGAGACGACGUCGUGGUCUCGGUAACCGUCGUUUAGAUCUCAAUCUAGACGUCGGUUUCCAAAUAAGUGAAGGUGCUAGCCACAGCCAAGCGACCCCUUCCCCCAGCUACAUGAGGCUGACGCCUAGUUCUGUCCCCAGCUCAGCUAGACUACUGCAGGAAUUUAAGAACAAACAACAAUCAUUUGAUAUUCAGGUGGAGGAUUGCGAGGAGAUCGAAAUAAUAAUUGAGAGCGAUGAAGAAGGGGAAGAGGAUGAAAAUGCUGUGGCGACAGUUCCGAAUAGACCGAUCACACCCACACCGGUUCAGGACUUUGGCACGAGCGUCCUUUAUAUGGAAGGUCCUCAGGCCACUGAUUUCUUGAAAGUGAAAACGAUAGAACAGGAUUGCUAUACAGAUGUAUCAGACGCCGGAUCAGAUGACGAAGAACAAUAAUAUUUUACAAAUAUUGGUACAUUUAUUCUCUUAGUCAUUAUAUUAUAGAUUGAAUCAAUAAUAAAAU